GCGUUCUAGGUGCAAUAUAUCCUGCCGUUCCGAUUGGAAAGGCGAAGGAGAUGUUUAUAUAUAUAUAUACCUAAACUUUGCUUUCCAGAGAUACCUUAGCUAGGAUUCAUUGCAGAAUAACCAAGUUGUUUACCUGUUUGCAUCUCUCUCAUCAGGUGUAAUCUAUCCUACUACUGGCAUAUACAUUGAAAGACCUCAAAGAAUGUAUUUAACCACUCUAGAGGAAGCCCUCUCAUACCUUUCUGGGCUAGGCAUUACUCAAAUUCCCGUGGAAGAGUUGGCCCCUUUUCCGACAUUACCGCCGCAAUGUUUAAAGUGCAAACGAGUUACGACCGGACUGACCACCAGCUGGGCGAACACCAACGGCAACGCGGAUCGCCCAUACUUUAAAUGCCUCCGCUGCAAGGUCUUUUAUAUAUUCGCUGAUACUCGUGGCAACAAUCCUGACAACCCUGAAUGCGAACGCCCUUGCAAUUGCGGAGCUUCCACCAAGUUGAUCGCAAAUAGAGACGGGAAAGAAAGAUAUUUUCAUCUACUGUAUGUUUGUAGAAGAGGCACAUGCACUUGCAGAAAGACAUUGUGCGAUGAUACGAAUCAGAAAAUCAAUGUCGCCUCGGAACUUAUAGAUGAGCUGGCACGUCGGAAUAUAAUCUGAAGGCUAUAUACAUCCCCAAGAAUAAGCCACUGGGAGGAAUGAAAAUAUUGAAGGCAUAGGUUUGGAUAUGCUAAGCGGAUGGCUCUCUCAUGCGAUGGAACAAUGCAGAUUGUCAAGAUGUAAGGGGGUUCAUAGACUCAUAGGUACCCGUGUCGUUUCCUUUGGCAGUUGUUCGAAAGUCAGUAUUUUAUUUUAGUCAAAGACACGCUCUUUAAAGAUAUAACGAUCUCUCCGGCAAAGCAAAAACAGGGCAGAUGGUAGAAUUGACUCAGAUUGCUUAGGUGCCUGUUUCAAUACAAAUUCUUAUUGCCUACCUCCCACUGGAACAUCCUCAACAUACUCCUUUUACUUACUUUAUCAAGCUGUACAACAGUUCGAAUGGACUAUAGGUAACUAGAUCUUACAUACCUACUGUAGAAGGAAUGAUUAUUCAUGGAAAGGAAUCAUACUUUAGAAUGUUCGGGUUGAAUGUUAAGUGUAAAAAGGCCUCAAAGGAGGCAUGUAGAUAACUAACCAAUCAAGUUACGUUAUUACCUGGUUGCAAACGACUGCCUAUCCGGAGGCAGCCUAGGAAGGUCUUCAUGUUAG